AUGGCGCCAACCGGUCUCCUCGAAUCCUUCCUAGCCGCCAUCCAAGCGAGCCUCUCCGUGCUCCUAGUCAUGUUCUACGGCGGCGUGGCGGCGCACUUCCAGAUCCUGGACGCGGGCAGCACGAAAGCCAUUUCCAAGAUCUGCGUGCGCAUGUUUCUGCCUGCACUGCUCAUCACCAAAAUUGGCUCGGAAUUAGAGGUGGAUUCCGCGGACCGGUACGGCAUCAUCCUGUUAUGGGCGCUCAUCUGCCACCUCGUGUCGUUCCUCAUGGGCAUCGUCGCCCAUCUAUUCCUGGGCAUGCCGGAUUGGACCACGGUGGCGCUCAUGUUCAACAAUACGACGAGCUACCCGCUGCUGCUUAUCGGGGCGCUGGACGAGACAGGGAUUUUGGAGUCGUUGAUUGGGGAUGGCGAUGAGACGACGGGCCAAGCGAUUGAGCGGGCUAAGUCGUACUUUUUGGUAUUUGCUACUGUGUCGAGUUGUUUGACGUUCGCCGUGGGGCCGAGACUCAUUGACUCGGAGAACGCCCCGGAGGAAGACGAAGAGUCGGAGGACGAGCUUCAGCAUGGUGGUGACAGUCUCCAUUCAAGCGAUUCAUAUACAGUGGUCGACGACGAGGCACAUGAGCGGAGUACUUUACUGCCAGCGGCGCGCUUCGAGAAUCUAGUUCGGGACAGCUCCUUUUUCCCAUCGACCCGGAAACCGUCUACAACACCCCACAGCUCGUCUGGCCGACGUCGGGCAUCCAUUGUCCCCAAGAAGCACUGGGUCCAUCUCGGAGUCCGGGCCAAGUGGUGGCUGUUGUUCAUUUCGGACUUCUUCAAUGCGCCUCUGCUGGGUGCCAUCAUAGGGGCUAUCAUCGGACUGACGCCUGCCCUUCACCGUGCCUUCUUUUAUGACGCCGCCGACGGGGGUAUCUUUACGGCUUGGUUGACAGCGUCGUUGAAGAACAUCGGAGGCCUUUUUGUGCCGUUGCCCGUGGUCGUGGCGGGCGUAUCCCUAUAUACAUCCUAUCAGCAGGGCCGGCAGGGUUCACAAGGGGGAAGCAAUACCUUUCCGAAGGUGACGGUGACUUUUUUUAUUCUAUUUAUUCGUUUCAUCGUCUGGCCGGCCUUGUCGAUAGCGGUAAUCUAUGCCUUGGCAUCUAGGACUGGAGUACUGGGGGAUGACCCCAUGCUGUGGUUCGCCAUGAUGCUUAUGCCCACGGGCCCACCAGCUAUGAAAUUGAUUGCCCUUGUUCAAGUCAGCAAUGCGGACGAAGCAGAAGAACAAUAUAUUGCCAAAGUACUCUCAAUAUCGUACCUGAUCUCUCCAAUCUUAUCAAUUACUGUCGUUGGUAGUUUGAUAGCUAGUCAGGCCAGCAGGUAA